AUGGAAAUAAAGAACAUAACAACCGUGACUGAAUUUAUCCUGGUGGGGUUUCCCAGUGAACACAAUGUGGAGAUUCUCCUCUUCAUAUUCUUCCUUGUUAUGUACCUGGUGACAGUUCUCGGUAAUGCUCUUAUCAUCAUGUUGAUCUGCCUUGACUACAGACUUCACACACCCAUGUAUUUUUUUCUCUGCAAUCUAUCCCUUAUUGAAAUCUUCAUGACCACCUGUGUGGUGCCCAAAAUGUUGGCCAACUUCCUUACUGAGAGGAAAACCAUUUCCUUCAUUGGCUGCUCUGUCCAGUCAUAUUUCUACUUCUUCAUGGGAUCCACAGAAUUCAUCCUUUUUGCUGGCAUGUCUUAUGAUCGAUAUGUGGCUAUAUGUUAUCCACUGAGGUAUUCUACAAUAAUGACUGGGAGGGUGUGUGUCCAGGUAGUCAUUGUUUCUUGGGUUUCUGGAUUCCUACUCAUUCUGAUGUCCACUAUUUUGAAGUCAAAAUUACCUUUCUGCGGCCCUAAUGUGAUCAACCACUUCUUUUGUGACAGUGCCCCUGUUCUUCACCUUGCCUGUGCUGACAUUUGGCUUAUUGAACUAAUUGACUUUCUCUCUUCUCUGAUUCUCCUACUUGGCACUCUGUCAUUGACACUAGCCUCUUAUAGCUACAUAAUCUCUACCAUACUCAGGAUUCCUUCUGCACAAGGAAGACAAAAGGCCUUUGCCACUUGCACCUCCCAUUUCACUGUUGUCUCAAUGGCCUAUGGCAUCUCCAUAUUUGUCUAUGUCAGGCCUUCGCAGGCUGACACCAUGAACUUCAAUAAAGUCCUAGCUAUUCUCUCCAGCAUUGUGACCCCCUUCUUAAACCCUUUUAUCUUCAGCCUAAGGAAUGAGCUAAUGAAGCAAGUCUUCAGAGAGACCCUGAAAAAAUGCCUAUCAAUCCCAAAAAAUGAGAGACUGUUGUGA